AAUAAAAAGGCGAUAAAGGAAGAAUACAUUUACAUGGUUUUGUAUAAUUUUUGUACAAUUUUUUUUGCUUUGUAUGUGUCAUGUAAGGCCUACUAAACUGAUACGAAUGGAAUUUUUAGAACAUUAUUUAGUCCACACGAUUUCAUGUAUUGAUAGGACUUUUGAUAAGUUAUAAGUUAUAAUUAUGUUAUGAUAAGUUUUCCGAUACAUAAUUGACUGAUAUGUAAGAUACUGUCAUUGAAAAUCGAUGUAAAUUGCAUCCUGAUAACCAAUUACCUUUGACAAUCAGCGAUACUAAAUUUGUUUUAGAACAUAAUAAAGUUUUGCUGUCUGAACUCUUUAAAUCUAUUUCUGAUUCGUUACCGUUACUCAUUAGCUUCACUUUAUUUGACGACAAAUGUAUUUGCUUUCUUUUCCGAGUAUAUUGGUCGAUCUAGUGAUGAAAUCAGAAUGUAUGAUUUAAACAUUUAAUGGAUUGCUACAUGUUUGCGUUUACAUCCUUUUGUAUUUUGUUUGCGGUUGUAGCAUUAGCCACUUUUUGCGCAACCAUAGUACCCCGAUCGCACUUACUUGCGGAGGCUGUUACCCAAGGUACUUUCAUGGCGGCAAUGUACCAACUUUUCUGUCUCCUGGUCGCAUACUGUGGUGGAGAAGCUGAAUUAAUAAGAAGAGUAAAACCAACAACAUUAAAAAUGAAAGUUGGACCUUGUUGCUGCUGGCCUUGUUGUUUCUUACCUUCUUUAGAAAUGACCAAAAAUAGAGUAAGACAACUUCGAAUACUUGUACUGCAACUCCCAGUUAUCCAAGGUCUUAUUUACAUGACUCUGUUAGUAAUGUGGGCCGAAAGAGAGAGUCUGUACCAAAUAAAUUACAUGUACGUUCAACCAGUGGUGGUCGUCUCAAUUUUGUUUGGAAUAUGGGGCAUGACAAUGACGAUAACAUUAUUGAAAGACGUACUUAAAGAUCACUCUCUGCAAGCUAAAUUUCUUGUACUACAAAUGGUUUUAUUGUUCGCUAAAUUGCAAGGACUCGCCACAAGGAUUAUAGUUUGGGCUGGACUUCUUCCAUGUAAACCACCAAUCACAUCAGCAGUAUAUGGAAACUUGAUACACAACACGCUAAUGUUGUUGGAAAUGGUACUGUUAAGUGUUAUUGCCCGAAGAUUGUACAAAAGGCCCCUUCCCGAUUUAGACGCUACUCCAUCUGUUACCUGCCCACCAUCAACCGUUUGGACAACUAAUCUUAAGGAAAAAGCCCUUCAUUAUUUUACACGUAAAGAAAAAAAUAACAACGUUGUUAAAGAAAUUAAUCAACAAAAGGCUGUGGACCAAACAGAAAAUGCUAGUUAAUUGUUAUUAAUCAAUAAUUAAUAGUAAGACUUUGAAAUUAUUUUUUAUAAGUUAUUUUUCCGUACUGUGUAUUUAUAUGAAUGUAUUAUGUUAAAUUAGUCUACUAAAGUAUUAAUUUCAUCAGUGUUAAUUAAAAUUGAACCCUAAAUCACGACGAAUGUAAAU